CUUUUAGCCGGAAGCAGAGAGGGAAGUCGCCGGGGUCUCGCCUGCAGCCGCAGCCGAGAAGACUCACCUGGGUGCCUGGCGCCCUCUGGAACCUGUGCGCCGUUGAGCGCGGAGCUGGUCCCAGCCGCGCCAUGGGGUGCUCGAGCAGCGCUCAGACCAAAGUCAAGGACUACAGCCGGCAAACUCCUAAACCCCCGGAUGCCAACGGAGUGCCCCAGUGUGAUGACAGCUUGCCUAUCACAGAUAAAAAUGACACAGUACCUGACCAAACCAAACUUGAAACAACGGAGGAGGUGGAGCUUGGAUCUUCUUGGAAAAAAUCAAAUGAGGAUCUCCCUAAAGAGGAGCCUGAUGCUUUGAUUCAGGGAAUAACAAAAUGUGCCCUUUCUACCUGUCACAGAGUAGAUCCUGAGGGCACAGAGCCUCAGCUAAUGGCACCAGAAGAGAAAUUCAACAGAAGUCAGUCCUUAUCUCUAGACCUCCUUGAAGCUGGUGGGCCUCAGGCUGUGGAGCCAACAGGGUUGGUUAGCAACCCUCAAGCUGCCUCAGAAGCUGCUGGUUCUUCACCUUCAGAAUCUGUCCAGAAUAAGAAGCCUGAACCUGUUGAAUCCUCAGGAAGUGGCACACCUGAGUCUGUAACAGAGGAAAACCAGUGUCUUGUAAUGGAAAUUGUGAAGGAACUGCUUAUGGAUGAAGAGGAACAGCUAACGGAGGGAGAAAAGAUGGAAACUGAGACGCGCCAUGAGAUAAUACAUGGGGCCUCGGAAACAAAAGAAGAAACUGGAGAAGCUACAAUGGCCACAGAGAUAGAAGCAGCUAAUGAAGAAGAAUGACCCAUGGCUUCUGGCUGGACUUCACGGCUAGAUUUUAUGGCUUCUGGGUGGACCUCAUUCUUAGUUGCUCAGUUAAUGUUUAUAUUCCUGUUUGACAAAAAUCUAGUUUUUAUAAAAGCUUGUAUGGACUUAUCACAACUACUGAGUACUAAGGGAAAAACAUUUGAAGGAAUUUUAAUGGGGAAGUCAAGUUGCCAAGGCACCAUUGAGGAACUGCAAUGUUAAACCAUCACAUCUGCCAGAAAGUGCCUUCUGCUAUCAUUUCAAUAGAACUAUGAGUUACAGAUCACCUUUACUUACUUCAGUUAGAAAAUAUGAAGGAUAAUAUAGCACAAAUCAUAUAAAUUGUAAAAGUGAGUACAGGUAAUCUUAGAUCUAAGAAUGUACUGUACAUGGUCUAAAAUAGAGUGAGAAUAACUAAAUUCCAGUGGAGUUUUUGCAGCCAUGGAUUAUUUAAUUACAUUAGCACAUCUCUUGGGUGAAGUUUCUUGUAAACAUAUAAGAAUUGUAAUCCCCAUCUUGAAGGGGACCAGAUGGGGUUAGGCUGAUUUAUAGCAUUAAAGUUUGACCUUAUUUCUUUAUAUGGUAUAGGGAAGGAAAUACAAAAUUACCUUUUCCUGAAAGUAAUGGAAAUAGUGACUGUGAUCUGCAAAGCACUUGGAUGAGAACUAGUGUGGAUUAAUGACACUUAAAAAUUGGAGGAGAUAAAGCAUAUGAAAAAAACAAUUACCUUGCAUCUAAUAAUAACUGACAAGCACAAGAUAUAUUUGAUUACAUCACAAUGAUAAUGGUAACACAUUUUUUAAAAAAUAAUUUCUUUAAAAGAAAUUUAAAUAUGGCUAGGAUUUUAAUUAUAAAUUAAGAAAGUAAAAAUUACAACAAAAUGAAUGACUGGUUUCAGUUUGCAAUGAUUAUGCAUUGAUGGAACACAUUUUAAGUAUUUUCCUCUUCAAAUAUAUGCACAUUCUAUUUUAUAGAUCUUUUCUGUUAUAGUAAAACAAAAAAUGAAUAUUAUAAGCCUUUGUUUUAAAGAAUGAGACUUAAUGCAGUACAGAUCUCACAGCUGAACAGUUGAGAGAAAUGUCAGGCUGAAAAUCAAAUGAAUGAUUGAUUACAAUAUUCUUCUCUAAACUAUGCAACCAAUAAACUUGAACAGAGCUGUGCUUCACUCAUUAUCAAAAA